AUGAGAGCGGCCCUCCUGUUUUUGAGACUGAUGUGCUUGGCCUGGCUGUGGCCUGUCACCCAGCUCAGCAGCAGACAAUUCCCGAUCAAGAGGAGAAAUAAGGAACUGAAUGUUGGAGAGAAGACUAAACAAAAGUAUGGAGGUAGGGUGACUCUUAAGAUGAAAAAGCUGGACAGCACUAAGUCUCUUCUAAUUAAAUCUGAGCAACUGCUUCGGAUUGAAGACCAUGACUUUGCAAUGCGGCCGGGCUUUGGAGGUUCAGCUAUUCCUGUUGGCAUCGAUGUGCAGGUGGAGAGCAUUGACAGCAUAUCUGAAGUAAACAUGGACUUCACUAUGACUUUGUACCUGAGGCAUUACUGGCGGGAUGAUCGCCUGUCCUUCCCGUCCAGCAGCAACAAGAGUCGCACCUUUGACGCUCGGCUUGUGAAGAAGAUCUGGGUUCCUGACGUGUUUUUUGUCCACUCCAAACGCUCUUUUAUCCAUGAUACGACCAUGGAGAACAUUAUGCUCAGGGUUUAUCCUGAUGGCAACAUUCUCUACAGUGUCAGGAUCACCGUGACUGCACUUUGCUCAAUGGACUUCAGUAGUUUCCCUCUGGACACACAGAACUGCUCUCUGGAGCUGGAGAGCUAUGCUUACAGUGAGAAUGACCUCAUGCUCUAUUGGAAGAACGGGAACGAUUCAUUAAGGACUGACGAGAUUGUGCUCUCUCAGUUUUUUAUCGAAGACUUCCAGCCUUCCUUUGGGCUUGCCUUCUACAGCAGUACUGGUUGGUAUAAUCGACUCUACAUCAGUUUCAUUCUCAGGAGGCACAUCUUGUUCUUCAUGCUUCAGACAUACUUUCCCACCAUGCUGAUGGUGAUGCUGUCCUGGGUGUCUUUCUGGAUAGACAGGAGGGCUGUACCUGCCCGUGUCUCUCUCGGCAUCACCACGGUUCUGACAAUGUCCACCAUCAUCACCGGUGUCUCAGCCUCAAUGCCACAGGUGUCUUAUGUCAAAGCUGUAGACAUCUACCUGUGGGCGAGUUUCCUGUUUGUCUUUCUGUCUGUAAUCGAGUACGCUGCUGUCAACUAUUUCACCACAGUGGAGGAGAUGAAGAAGCUCAAGAGGACAAAGAUCCCUGCGUCCUUCAACGCCACUGAGUCUAUGGUUUUUGAUGGCUGUUACCACAACACUGACAUUGACCUGACUUCUUUCACAGAAGUCGCCAGCACCCCAAAUACAGAGAGGAACACCCAGUCACGAAACUCUACUGUCUCUGCACCCUUGGAAGGUACCAGGCUGCGACGCAAGCACUCUGUAAAACAAAACCUCAGCUUCAUAAUGAGCAACAGCUACAUGAUCGACUCCUACUCCAGAGCCAUGUUUCCUCUGGCUUAUCUGCUUUUCAACAUCAUUUACUGGAGUUUGUAUGCAUAG